UUCGCGUGCAUUAGCGUCACGAAGUCUACGGGUAGAACGCGGUAUGGUAAUCGUAAAUCUUACUAACAACUGGUUUGACGUUCAUGGGAAAGGGUAGACGUAUGUAACUUUAUACAGAAGCGAGUCGUUAGCGUUGCAUUCUAGUUUGUACUUGUUGCGACUAGUCUCCGGUUUCCGUCCUACAGAGCCAUUCGAUAAUUAGAAAUCUCAUUAGUACCUUUGCAUCAUGCGAAUUUACGUUAUCAACAUUUUUACGAAAUUACUUCCUUUUAACGUUCUACGUCAGUGGUUCUUAAUCUGGGGUACUAGUUUUAAGUUUAAUGCUUCAUAAUUCCCAACAAUUCUUAUCAUAAACUUUCUCAAGGAGCUCUUUACAAAUAAACUAUAACACCUUCCUCGGUCAACAUUUACAAGGUUUAUUUCAACAUGUUUCAGUGACAUUUUCAAAUUUGUUCAGUUCCCUUAUUAGAACGAAAAAUUUACUAGAUUUGAAAGUGAAAAAGUCUCCGGGAAUUCUGUUGUAAGGUUAUUUUUAUCUUGCGUGUAAGUUUACAUCGUCUUAGUCGGAAGUUUCAACACUGGUUGACAAAAUAUUGAUUUAACGAAUAUUAAAGAACGUUAUUUCGAGAAAUAUUAAAAAAGGAGCUGAUGGGAAGAACAGUAUUACAAUUAUCAUUAAAGUGUAGCAGAUCACGUUACACAAUUUCGUGUAAUGAAAUGGCAGCACGUACGGAGCCUUUCAGUCGAAGGAUCCUAUUUUGGCGGUCGAGAAGGGCGCCGACAUGGAAGGCGGAACUAACGAACAUGGCGUUUCCGUCAACCAUCCGACCUCGUAUUUGGAAACAAUGAUGCACCUGUUCAAAGGUAACGUCGGCUCGGGAAUAUUUGCAUUGGGCGAUGCUUUCAAACACGCUGGACUGCUCCUGGCUCCACCAUUCACGAUCUUCCUUGGUGUCAUUUGUGUUCACGCCCAGCACAUUCUUAUUCAGUGCAACGAAGAGGUAAGGCGUCGCGUUAAUGAUCCAAACGCUACCAGUGGAUUCGCUGAUACCGUGGAACUCUGCUUCGCCACCGGACCUCUUUCACUCCGAAAAUACUCUGUGCAUAUGAGAAAAUUGGUUAAUGUAUUUUUAUGUAUCACGCAACUCGGAUUUUGCUGCGUAUAUUUCGUUUUCAUUGCUACGAAUAUGAAGCAGGUGGGGGACGUGUACGGAGUCCAGAUGAACGUCCAUGAACACAUGGCUGUAAUCCUGAUUCCCAUACUGCUCAGCACGUGGAUAAGGAACCUAAAGUACCUGGUACCCAUCUCCUCGUUGGCGAAUUUUUUAGUUGCCGCUGGCUACAUCGCCACCAUGUAUAUAAUGUGCUACGAUCUGCCACCCAUCCAUGAGAGGCGGUACAUAGCCGAUUGGCACAACCUGCCUCUAUUCUUUGGCACUGUGAUAUAUUCUUUCGAGGGUAUCACGUUGGUUUUACCACUGAAGAAUGAAAUGAAGAAACCAAGUAAUUUCAAUAAGACACUUGGUGUUCUAAAUGUCGGAAUGGUCAUUGUGGGUGCAAUGUUCGUCGCGAUGGGUUUCAUGUCGUACUUAAAGUACGGCGAGGCGGUCGCUGGUUCUGUUACGUUAAAUCUCGAAAAGACAGAAGUGGUGGAUGGGAAAAACGUCGUCGACCAUUCAAGCUUACCUCAGUGCAUAAAAAUUGCCAUCUCGUUGAGUAUAUUACUCACGUAUGCACUCCAAUUUUACGUUCCUGUUGCGAUCAUGUGGCCGAAGAUCGUCGAGCAAUUUGGCCCCUUCACGUGGCCAGUUCUAUCGGAGACUGUUUUCCGCUCAGUGUUAUGCUUCCUUACAUUUGUCCUAGCAGAGGCAAUACCUAAAUUGGGCCUGUUCAUAUCGUUGGUGGGUGCAGUAAGCAGCACAGCACUAGCACUCAUAUUCCCGCCGAUCAUCGAAAUGGUCGUCUGGUGGCAACACACGUCCCUCGGGCUUUCCACGAUAGCAAAAGAUAUUACUAUAAUAGUGAUCGGUUUCUUAGGCUUCGUAUUUGGAACGUACGAAAGUCUGAACGCGAUCGUUCGGGCGUUUAGUAACUAAUUUAGGUUACAUGUUGUAUAAAUUGUUGUUAAUUUUACUUGUACACACGCGAAAUCAACGGAUCAUGACAUCUACGCAAAUAUAUAUCAUCAUAGACGAUGAUUGUUGGAAGAGCCAGAAUUUUCGUAUAAUUUUUGCAGACCAUUAUUAUUUAUUAGUCCGAUACUCCUGUUUUCGAUCAGCACAAGUGGGAUCUAUUGCGUUGUUAAUUUUAUUAUCGGGCUUUUCCAGUAAGUACCUUCUGUACCGCCAAGUAUUCCGAGGAAUUGUUUCUUUUUUUCUCAUUUAUUUACACUGGAAUGAAAACAAUUCUCCAGCAAUUUGCAAUACCACGUUACAGACACAUCGGAGAGAUAUUUAUCAAUGUUACAAAUAUGGCCACUAGGGUGGCUCGAACAGAUUCAAUUCUCUCGCGCUUACUGAUUCGAACGUUUUUCGCGAGGUUACUAGACUAUUGAAAUUUCGAAUAGUUUUUAACGGGAAAAUGUUUACCAUCUCCUUUGUAUCUGAAAUAAACAGAGACUGAUAGGAAGAUUCCGAAGCUGGUAACAGCAAUCGAAUUACCGUGCACGUAACAUCAUAACCCACACAGAAAUUUAUAGCAUAGUUGUUUUUCUCUCCUGAAAGCGACGUAAAACUAGCCAUAAGAUUAUGCCGUAGAUUUAUAGUAGGCUAUUUGAUUAAGAUAUACAGAGUCUAUAUAAAAAUAAAAACUGACUGUAAUUACCGUGAUACGUAGCUCGUACGAACUAAAACGAAAAAAAGAAAAAGAAAAAAAAAUGUACAUCGAACCAGACAAUAUGCUGAUCACUUUUUUAAUCUUUGUGAAUUGUAAUCGUACUCGACGAUCGUGUGAUAUAAAAGACAAAACUCUGUAGAUUUUACUGAACACGUAAGUACUUACUUACUUACUUACUUACUUACUUACAAGUGAGUUCUCGCUUACGAUAGCUUGGAUCAAGUUCACGGACUGUUUCAAUAGCUUCCCGAAGGCUUGAUCGAGUUUCUCGGAUGCAUAAAUUGCAAACUUUACGUUGUAGCUGUGAGAAAUAUAAUGGUAACGUAGUUGCGUUUGGGUGAUCAGCGUUUCAAACUAUCGAGAUGAAUAAACGAGCAAUAUAUUUUUUGUACAGUCAUUAUUUUAAAACUUGAACGAUCCCGAAUAUUGAACACAAAUAUAGUACAGCAACCGUGUGUUGUUGGUCACCAUGAGAUAGAAUGAAUUAUGAAUUAAUGUCAAUAUACGUCACAUAAUGUUAUCGUUACAAAAUCACUUAUCGUAAGGUCAUGCAAUUUUAUCAUACUCUCGAGAAUAUUUGCGAAUUCAUUUCAUAGCGCACAGACACACCUUCGAGGUGGUGAAAAUCGUAUCUGUAAAUAAUCGAUGUAACAUCGUUUUAAUUGUACAUUUUAUUUAUUUUUCUCUCGCAGUGUGAUCAAUAUUUAUAAAAGAAAAGAAAAGAAACAGAAGAAUACGACGAAAAAUUGGAUAUUGUUUGAUUGUACGUUGUCAUAGAUCGACGAAUCUACUCCAAUACCGAACUUUUUCUAUAUGUAAUAGACAGAUAGUAGUACCGCUGCAAACGUGGUAAAAACAUGUUUAAGAAAAGAAAAAAGGAAAGCAGAAAGUUAAAUUGCAACGGUGUAAAACUUUCACAGCCGUUUUCAAAAGUGGAAUGAUCUUCUCGUGCGCAAGAAUUAGCAAAAGAGCAUUCGUAAUCGUUGUCGUACGAAAUAAAAAGAAAAAAAAAACAAUUAAACGGACAAAGAGUUUUGUCGAGUAACAAAGUAUAAAAUAUUAUUAAGAAUUUACAGGAGAUUAUGAA